AUGGUUAAACAUGGUUGGUACUCGUACAAGCGCCGUCAAUCUAGCCAGGGAAUGAAGUACCUCCAAAAAGACAUCCAGAUUGAUUUAUAUGUUUUAUUUUUCACACAACUAUUCUCCGUAAUUUCUUACGUAAUAAGAAAACCACAUGAUGUAACAAUCUAUGCAGUGAAACACAAAGAUCAGUUGCUACACACGCACAAGUUCAUGAACAAACAAACGAAAAAACACACGAACAAAAAGACACAUACUGUUGCGGUUGCGUUUGAUGAUGAGAACACCGAACCAGAAGAGCAGAAAAACCUCAAUGUAGCGCUUAAUAAUUACUACGAAACGUCACACAAACUGUCUGAGUUGUCAGCCAAGCAUGACGUCUGCCGAUCAGAUCUUCAAUCUCAAACCGAUCUGGCGCACCAUGUAACAAGUUUGUACUACGAGGAGAAAGAGAAAUAUGAGAACAAGACGUACGAACUGCAAGAGAGUAGAGACGAGUUACGAGUGCUGGGCAGUCAGUUCAACCAUCAGGUCACCCUCAUUGACGUCAUCAGGGGGAAGUUGGAUCUGUGCAUCACUAACCAAAUGUUGGGCCACUGUGAAUUUGAAGACGAGAGAAUCUGCGGAUUUAGUCAGGAUUACCUGGACAACGUUGAUUGGAUAUGGAGUAACUCCCGAAACAACACCAAAUAUGCACCUCAUGUCGAUCACACCUGUGAAAGCAGGAAUGGUCACUUCUUGGUGGUGAACAUUACAACGAAGGAAAACGGCCAGAAAGCUCGCCUGAUCUCGCCCCAUCUGUUUGGCUAUGAGGAACAAUGUGUCGAAUUUUUUUACUGGAUUCAUGGAUCUCGUGAUGUUGGAUACCUCAAUGUUAUUGCUAAGAUUCCCGACACAAACGAGGAGGACAACUUAUGGAGGGCUUCCGGCAACCAGGGCAACGUGUGGAUCCAGGCCAAGGUCAACGUCCAGAAAGAGUUCGUGAGGGCAGGUUACAAGCUCAUCUUUGAAGCCACAAUCGGCCGCGGACUGACCGGCGAAAUAGCCAUUGACGACUUCAAGAUCACGAACGGCGUCUGCAGCUACAAAUAA